AUGGAAUACGUGAAAAUAAACUGGAUGUAUGUUGGAGUGUACCGUUCGAAUGGAAAUCUUGUGUUACAAUGGUAUGGUGAUACAACGAAGGGAUUGAAAGAUACCACUGAUUAUGUGACUGAUCUAUUCAAUAUUGAUGUAUCAGAAGUCUGUGUAUUUAAAGAUGCAAUCAAAAUGAUUAAAUGGGUGAACAGAAGACAAAAGACACCAUUGAAAAAAGUCGUUUACAUGAACUGGGGUGUCAUUCCAUCGGAAGUAUUGAUUUAUAUUCUGAGGGAUUGCACAACUUUACCUGAAAUAAGCAUUCACGCUGAGGCUGCACCAAAUUUCCGUUUCUCGGGAAACUUCCGAAACAUCGAUUGCUUAGAUAUCUGGCAUGGAAAAUGGGUGACAAUUGACAACCUACUGACAAUGGAUGGAAUUGUUAUUAGUCUGGAGAAGUCUACUCUGACUAACACUGAUUUAAAUGUUUUCCUCAGGCACUGGCUGUCUGGAGGGUGUCCCCGAUUGAAACUGUUCAGCGCCACUACUGGUGAUGUGGAUAUCUUACAAGUACUUCAUGGCCUCAUGCAUAAUGCAGUUCUUGUGGAAAAUCGUCGUGACUACACCAGCCUCUUCGGACACCAAUGGAUUUUGUGGGAUGGAUAUGACAUCAAACGUUCGGAUGGUGUGACAGCUACAGUACAUUAUCAGCCACUGGGAGCCACUGGAGCCCUAGUCAUUGCUGUUUGGCCAGAAGCCAGUGAUAAUUAA